AUGCCUAGGUUUCAUUCAUCAACAUUACCUACAUCUCGCUCGUAUUCUGUCGGUAUUACAACAGCUAAUAGUGAACAGUCGCUGGGACCAAAUUUACAAUCGCGUCUCGAAGCACUCGAAGCGGCUAUGGGCGUGCGACUUAAUCUCGCUAAACGUCAGGGUCGUCAUUCAUUGUCAAAUACUACAAGUCCGUCACCAAUGCAACUUUCGCCGACGUCAUCCACGACAAUGAAUACAACAAUGACAAAUUCAUUAACCGUUUCGUCUCGUCACAAUAUUCCAGGGCGACCGGGCCAAGGUAUUCAACGUUCUGCUUCAUCGUGUGAUGUGGAAAAUCGGCCGGGUCCUGUCAAACGUCUCAAACCAACAUUACCUGCAGAGAACUGUCCUUCAGCGUCAAUAGCUGCUUCGAUCGCAACCGUGAAAAAAUAUCCGCCGCCAGUUCGUCGAUCUGCCAUUCCAAAUCAAACGAAAUCCUCACCUCCCAGUAAACAACGUUUAUCACCUAUGGACACUUCGUCGCCACGUUUAUCACGUUCAUCAACAGGAAGCACAGCUAGUUCGUCAGGUAGUUCAAAUUACCGUACACCAGUCGGUGGUCUGUCUCCGAAAUGUGUCAGCAGUCCGUCUCCAAAACGAAUCUUAACAAACGCUUCACCUCAAUCAGCAAGAGUUGUUUCCCGUAAGCAGCGUUCGUCCAUAUUCGGUGAACAAUUUUCCGACGAUAUCUUGAAACGAAAUUUACUUUGGAUUGAUAUAAAAGAGUUCGAUGAUGAGAGUCGCUCGGAAGUUCUUUUACAAUUUGGCUCCGUCGAAAAUUUUCUUCAUGAACAAAAGCUUUUUUUUGCUAAACAACGACAAGAUUUGAAACUUUCAAGUAAACAUAAGACAAAUGACAUUCGAUCACGUUUACCAUUAACUCUUCCGAAGAAGGAUCGAUUAGAACUUCUGUAG